UGUCUAGGCCUGCUCUGCCACUCGGGACUCGGACCGUGUAUCGGGAUUUUCAGCCUUCUCCCGCCGAUCGUUUCCAUCGGCUUUCCACCGUGUCCGGCAGGGUUUCCGCGGACUCGGUGACACGGCGAUCGCUGCGCUUCGGCUGCUCCAUGCUGCAAUUCCGGUGGCGGUGAGCAUUGAUUGGCAGCCCACAGUGUGUCUGCCCUCCACCCGUUUUGGUCGGUGGCUGUAAUUGGUGUGAUUGACCGAAGUGGCCACUUCCCGGCACUAGCUGUGUGCGUGUGUACAGUGCAGGCAUGGAAUCAUCAACCGAGGGCGAUGCAGCAGCCGAACGGCGGAAAUCUAACGAGCAGUCGGAAGAGACUCAGGAGCAGCAGCAGCAACAACAACAAAAACAACAUCAAAAGUCCAGUGACACGGAAGAAGCACCGCAACUAGUUGCCACCAAGUCGGUGGAUGAAUCAAGCGAACGGACCGAGCAGCAGGGUAAAAGCACGGCCGAAGAAACGAAAGAUCAUCCGCCUGAACCUGACAACCUGAGCCAAGCGUCGUCUUCUACUUCCAAAGCGGUCGUUGCUGCUCCACCGACGAGCAGAACGUUCGAAAAGGUGCCGAUCUUCGUAGUAGAAGAUCACCAGGAAGUGCUAACGUUCCUUUUCCGUUGCCUCGGCUCGAAACAUCUGCCACUGCACGGCAAUCGGAUUUUGCAUUUUGACUCACACCCGGACUUGUGUAUCCCGAAGCACAUGCCGGCGUGUUACGUUUUUAACAAGGACGACCUGUUGGAUAGCAUCAGCAUCGAGAACUGGCUCAUGCCGACCGUCUUCGCGGGCCACGUACAGCGUAUCGUCUGGAUAAAGCCACCGUGGUCCGAGCAGAUACCGAAGGGCAAAUACGCGUUCCACGUCGGCGAAUUCGAAGGCUCGAUACGGACGGACGCCACGCUGGAGUACUUUGUGUCGGAGGGCUGCUACCAGCCGGAGGAGAAGCUUGAGAACAAAAAGCGCCUCGAGCUGGAGGUGUGUGCGGUCGAUGAGUAUGCGGUGGCGGAGGAUGCCGAUCUGGCCGAGGGCUACAUUCUGGACAUCGAUCUGGAUUACUUUAGCACUCACAAUCCGUUCCUGAAGAUCUACGAUCGGGUGCAGCUGUACGAGAAGCUGAAAGAAAUCUUCGUCUCACCCGAGCUGGCAGACGACGCGGAAAAUGAUCUAAAAAAGAUGCAACGUUUGGCUCGCGAUCGCGAAGAGAAGCUCGAGUUUCUCGAGUCCAUCUUCCUGUACCUGGAAGAGGUGGGCAAUUUGAAGCAUUUCCUCGUCGACUACCAGCAAGAGAUUAGUGCCGAGUACGCGGGCCUGUUGGAGAAAGUGACGAAAGUGGUGCGGAUGCUGAAGCACGAGUACAAGGAGGAAGAGAUCGACUGGUCGAUGAUUUACGAUGCGGGCUGCACGUGCGACGUGACGGAUCUGCCGCAUCACGAGUCGAGCCGGGAGGAGAUUGUGCGUAUGGUACAAUCGCUUGAGGGCUUCCUGCGCAAGCUUCCCAGUGCACCGGUCGUGAUUACGAUAUCGCGCUCGAGCGAGGACGACUACACACCGGCCGAGCAGGUGGAAAUGAUACAGGAGAUGGUUUUGAACGCACUUACAAAGUGCCUACGAGUAGAGCUAGACGACCCGAUACUGUACUAUAAGGAUCAGGAACUUAAUUUGUAAGACAAUAAAACCUAACAACAGGCCCUU